UUUGUAUUUUCCUCAGCGAGCAUUGCUAGAACAGAAGCAGAAAAAAAAGCGCCAGGAGCCAUUAAUGGUUCAGUCCAAUGUGGACAGUCGCACAAGAGCGCGUAGAACGAAACAUUCGGAAGAACAAGCACCAUUGGUUGAAUCAUAUCUUAACAGCAACAGCAGCACCAUAUACCAUGCAGUACAGGAGGCCGAACAGGAAGAUGUAAAGGUGGUAGUGGAUGCCCAAGGUCCGAAAUCAACUAAAAAAGCCAAGGCAGCAUCUGCAAGCUGUCAGACUGGCAGUGCCAGAAAGGAGAAAAAAGGGAAACACAAAGGAAUUGAUGGCCCAGCUGCUUUUCAAGAUGAUGUUCAGAAAGCAGGAAGUCAAGUGCAGAUUCUCACUGUUGGGCAGUCUAGCCAUGAUGAAGAUGAUGGAGAGAAAAUGGCUACUGGCCAACAACAGCAAAGCAAGCAGGAUCUUAAAACAGCAAUGCAGAAAAAGGAUCCCCAUGCAAAUACAUCCUGGUCCUCUUCCACCUCCCAGUCCAGUCUUGUCGCCUUGGAUCAUGCUCCUGGCAUUUCAAGCAGCAUGAAUUUUGAUGAGGAAGAGGAUGAGGAAGAUGCAGACAGCUCUAGCUCUUCCCAGCUAAACAGUAACACCCGGCCUGGUUCUGCCACAAGCAAGAAAUCCAGUAAGGAAGUGGCCUCAGCCCCUAGUCCUUCCACAAAUGAGCCUCUCAUAGAUGUUGAUGAUCUGGAGGAAUUUGCUGUAAGACCUGCUCCACAGGGUGCCACCGUCAAAUGCAGAAUCACAAGAGACAAGAAAGGAAUGGAUCGAGGGAUGUACCCUACCUAUUACCUCCACUUGGAAAGGGAGCAUGGUAAAAAGGUGUUUCUGUUAGCUGGAAGGAAACGAAAGAAGAGUAAAACCUCUAAUUACCUCAUCUCCAUAGACCCAACUGACCUGUCUCGAGGUGGAGAGAGUUUUAUUGGAAAACUGAGAUCAAAUCUUAUGGGAACUAAGUUUACAGUUUAUGACAAUGGAGUAAAUCCAAUGAAAACAACAUCAAGCCUGGAGGCGAGUGUCCUGCGUCAGGAGCUAGCUGCUAUUUGUUAUGUAAGUACUGCUCACAGGCAAAAUAUGCAAGAAAGGGCAGUUCAGUUUCUGAAACAGCACACUGAAUUUCCUUCUCACUUAAGGUUAUGUAAAUCAACAUUUGCGCUUUCACAUAGUGAAACAUCUGAUCUUCAGUAGAGAAACCAGGAAAUU